AUGGUGACAGCUGGAAUGGAUACAGUGGCUAUAACUGUUGAAUGGGCUAUGGCUGAAUUAGUCAAGAACACAAGGGUUCAACAAAAAGCCCAAGAAGAGUUGGACCGGGUUAUCGGGUCGGACCGGGUCAUAACCGAAUCCGAUAUGUCCAAACUCUCCUAUCUACAAAGUGUAGUUAAAGAAUCACUAAGGUUACACCCUCCAACUCCACUAAUGCUCCCUCACUUGGCUAGUGCUAAUGUCAAAAUUGGUGGUUACAACAUUCCUAAGGGUACAAUCGUACAUGUUAAUGUAUGGGCACUUGGACGAGAUCCUAAAGUAUGGAAGGAUCCUUUGCAAUUUAGACCUGAAAGAUUCAUUGAAGAGGAUAUUGACAUGAAGGGGCAUGAUUUUCGACUUUUACCUUUUGGUGCUGGUAGACGUAUUUGUCCUGGUACAAAUCUAGCUAUCAAUAUGGUUACUUCUAUGUUAGCUCACUUGUUACACCAUUUUGAAUGGUCUCCACCUAUUGGAAUUGAGCGCGAUGACAUUGACAUGUUGGAGAGUCCUGGAACUGUUACUUAUAUGCAAACACCUCUACAAGUUGUUCCUACUCCUAGAUUGCCUCUACACUUAUAUGAACGCGGUCCUAUCGUUAUAUAA